CCCAGCGGAGCUGGCUAGCUCUUCCUGUUCUCAGCUUCCGUCCUCUCAGCUCCCAGAGUAGCCUAAAGUGCCAGAGCUGAGCCUCCGGGGCUCUUCCUGGCCUCAACUCAGCCUCUUGUCCUUUACCCUAAUGAGAGAGGAGCCAGGUGCAGGUCUUUUAAGAGCUGAGAGUGGAGGCCAUUUAACCUAUAAACAGACUUGUGGCCUCUGUACCUGCAAACGCCCUCACUCUCCAUGCUGAGCCAAGAUGGGGAAUCGAACAGAUGAAGAUUAUAAUUUUGUCUUUAAGGUGGUACUGAUCGGCGAGUCAGGCGUGGGCAAGACCAAUCUGCUGUCCCGGUUCACCCGCAAUGAAUUCAGCCACGACAGCCGCACCACCAUCGGGGUUGAGUUCUCCACCCGCACUGUGAUGCUGGGCACCGCUGCUGUCAAGGCACAGAUCUGGGACACAGCUGGUCUGGAGCGAUAUAGAGCCAUCACCUCUGCGUACUAUCGAGGAGCUGUAGGGGCACUCCUGGUAUUUGACCUGACCAAGCACCAGACCUAUGCUGUGGUGGAGCGCUGGCUAAAGGAACUGUAUGACCAUGCCGAAGCCACAAUCGUUGUCAUGCUUGUGGGGAACAAAAGUGACCUCAGCCAGGCCCGAGAGGUCCCCACUGAGGAGGCAUGCAUGUUUGCUGAGAACAAUGGCCUGCUAUUCCUGGAGACCUCAGCCCUGGACUCCACCAAUGUUGAGCUAGCCUUUGAGACUGUCCUCAAAGAGAUCUUUGCAAAGGUGUCCAAGCAGAGGCAGAACAGCACCCGGACCAGUGCCAUCACUCUGGGCAGUGCCCAAGCUGGACAGGAUCCUGGACCUGGGGAGAAGAGGGCCUGUUGCAUUGGCCUUUGACUUCAGCUAUGGCCAACCCUGUGUCCUGCCUUUAGCCUUCGGGUACAUCCACCACCCUUACUGCAGGACUUCUCCCUACCCUCAAGUCCCUGUCUCAAGUCCCUGUUCACAAGCACCCAGGGUCAUCAUGCCCUACCACAUGAUCUAUCCACCACAUCCCUCUCCAUCACCCGAACCCCUUACAGGCGAGGGCCUGCAAAUAAAGCUGUUUUGUAUCAUG